CCGGGCCAACGUUCUCCCGGCUCUCGCAAUGAUUACUGGGAGUUGUAGUGCCUUGCCUCGCAGUGGAUAGCAUUUCUAAGGCGGCGACGAGCAAGCGAUUGGGUGAAGCAGGAAAUGUCAGAAGCGCCGGUGGCUCGUCUGGUGGCCGGCUUCAUUCUUUCCUGUCCAAAGCCGGGCCUCUCUGCCUGAGGAGAGUCUUUGAAAGCUGCCUGGAGGGGUCCUACUGAGGGGCAGUCGGAGGAGCUGCUUCGUCGUUCGGUGGACCUGGUGGAGGCGAAGCACGACGGAGCGCUGGGCCCCGCAGUGGCUCAGCUGGAAGGCGCCGGAGAGAGAGAGAGACGAUGGACCAGAGAGGCCUCUCCCUGUCAGUGCUGAUUGUAGGGAGACAUAUGACAGCAUGAUGGGCCUCUUAAAAAUGGCAUCCCCCAUCGGUACUUAGAAGUGGUAUAGCUGAUUCUGCUGCCGCAAAAUUCCAGUGCCUCACUCUGUGGCUUGUCUAGGCCAGGCGUUGAAGAUUGUCCUACAAAACUUUAGGUGGAAUUCUGGACUUCACCACUUAAGAUGCUACACAUGUCUAUGACACUCUUAUAGAUGAGCCAUACAUCCUGGUUGGAGCCAGCGGACAAUAAUGAGUGGUGCAGCUUUGGGCAUUGAGAUAGUAGUUGUCUUCAUUCUAGCAUUAAUUAUACUACAUCGGUAUGGAGACUUCAGAAAACAACACAAGCUUGUGAUUGUAGCUACACUACUAGCCUGGCAUCUUUGUUUUCUCAUGGUAUUUCUAUUGCCUUUGGAUGUCACUACGACUAUAUACAAUCGAUGUAAGGUUGAUGUGAAUUCUAGUCCAACUGAAAGUAUCACCAGUAAUGGAUCGUACACUACUCCCACUCCAAGAAAACAUGAAUGUUUCAAACCAUGGAGUUAUAUUCCUGAUGGAAUUAUGCCCAUCUUUUGGCGCGUUGUAUACUGGACAUCCCAGUUCUUAACAUGGAUUCUGUUACCCUUUAUGCAGUCGUAUGCUAGGUCAGGAGGCUUUUCCAUUACUGGAAAGAUUAAAACAGCAUUAAUUGAAAAUGCAAUCUACUAUGGGACAUACCUUCUGAUUUUUGGAGCAUUUUUAAUAUAUGUGGCUAUACAUCCAAAGUUCAACCUGCAAUGGAGUCAGCUCCAGACAAUUGGAAUAGCUGCUGCCAACACCUGGGGCCUAUUCCUCCUGGUGCUGCUGUUAGGGUAUGGCCUGGUUGAAAUUCCACGCUCUCACUGGAAUGGAGCAAAGAAAGGUUACCUUCUUAUGAAAACUUAUUUCAAGGCGGCUAAAUUGAUGACUGAGAAGGCAGAUGCAGAAGAAAACUUGGAGGAUAUUAUGGAGGAGGUCCGCAAAGUAAAUGAAAGCAUCAAAUACAACCACCCUUUGAGAAAAUGUGUGGAUACAAUACUGAAGAAGUGUCCUGUUGAGUAUCAGGAAAGAAUGGGUAGGAAUAUGGAUGACUAUGAAGACUUUGAAGAAAGGCCCAAUACUUAUCCAACAGAGAAAAACCUGGUCAAACUUCAUAAGCAGGUAAUUUAUUCAGUUCAAAGACAUCGUCGCACACAGGUCCAGUGGCGAAUUCUUUUAGAACAAGCCUUUUACCUGGAGGAUGUGGCAAAAAAUGAAACCAGUGCCACUCAUCAAUUUGUUCAUACUUUUCCAUCUCAAGAACCUGAAAACAAAAUUGCCCAGUAUCUGUACACACCAAUUGUUGAGUGGUACUGGGAGUGUCUUCUGAGGCCAUGGUUUCACAGGAUCCUUGCAAUUAGUUUGGCCACAUUUUCUAUCAUUGUUGUGUGGUCGGAAUGCACAUUUUUCAGUACAAAUCCAGUUCUGUCCCUGUUUGCCGUCUUCAUAAACCUGGCAGAAAAGACUUACAACUAUUUCUACAUAGAGAUGGCUUGUUUCUUUACCAUCUUUUUCCUCAGUAUCUGCGUUUACUCUACUGUCUUCAGGAUCCGUGUAUUCAACUAUUACUAUUUAGCUUCUCACCAUCAGACAGAUGCAUACAGUUUGCUUUUCAGUGGCAUGCUGUUCUGCCGUUUAACUCCUCCACUGUGUCUGAAUUUCUUGGGCUUGACUCAUAUGGAUUCAACAAUUGCACAGAGUACAGCUCAGCCAACUGCAUAUACAUCUAUAAUGGGAUCCAUGAAAGUGUUAUCCUUCAUUGCAGAUGGGUUUUAUAUCUAUUAUCCCAUGCUGGUUGUCAUUCUCUGUGUUGCUACUUACUUUAGUUUAGGAACUCGAUGUUUGAAUCUUUUGGGAUUCCAGCAGUUCAUGGGAGACAAUGAGAUGACCUCAGACUUAAUAGAUGAAGGAAAAGAGUUAAUCCGAAGAGAAAAAAGAAAACGGCAAAGACAGGAAGAUGGUGAAAAUAGGAGAAGGGAGUGGAAAGAACGAUAUGGAAACAACCGUGAAGAUUCUUCUAGAAACAGAAAUGUUCAAGCAGACCAAAAAGAGUCUAGCUUCACAGAGACCAAUACAAAUAGAUUAGCUUCUAAGUACACCAGAUCAAACGGGAGGAAUGAGAGAGAUAGAGUAGAACUUCUCCAGGAUGCAGAACCUCUGGACUUUAAUGCUGACUCAAUUAGAGAAGAUCCUCUGGACUCUGAUUCAAGAAGGUACCAGCCUGGUGGAAGAUACUUGUCAAUGUCGCGAAGCAGAAUAUUUGAUGAUGUCUAAACCAACAGAACUUGCAUCCAUUGCUGUGGUGAAUGCUCUUUCGGUAAUGCAUUCUGCAACCAACACAACCUCACUUUACAAAAACAAACUGGAAUGUGGGAAAUAAGGAACUUUUCCUUCCCUUUAAAAAUGCACUUUGUGUAACUAAUCACCCAGUAUAUGCUGAGCUUGAGCAUUAGUUUCUGAGACUGGGACCACCUCAGCUGUGCCUUGCCCAUCUUUUCCCUCCAUUCCUUGAAUGCCCGCCCCAUCACUGCUGACGUCAUAUGGGAAUUGUGAUCUGUAGUCAGAUAGCAAUAUGGCAUCAGAGAGACUGACACAGAAGGGAGGAGUAAGAAGGGAUUGCAAGAGUGGAAAUGGGACCCUGACCUGGAAAACCUUGUGGUAUAUUUUUUAAAAAAGAAUCCUCCCAGCUAGAAUUCGCUUGUGUGCUGGCAGCCAUUGAUACAUAAAGGUAUAUGAUUUUGUCUUUUACAAUUGAAUCAGGGAAAUAAUUCUUAGUCUGUUAAAGGUCAAUGUACAGUAGAUGCAGUUUUAAAUAAAUAAAAGUAGAGCUCAAAUAGAGUCACCGUUCA